GAAGUAGAAAGCAAAGGACUAUGUAAAGGAACCCAUAAGCUAACUUACGGAACUUGGCAAGAAGCGGAGAUUGCGAAGGUGGAAGAGCUACAAACCCUUUGUGGAGUUCUUUUGGCUAUGCCGGCCAUGUUCUUUAAUUAUAGCUUAAAACUGGAUGCCCGGACGAUUAAGUUAGAAAAAAAGAAUGGCCGCGAACAGAAAGAGAUUAACGAGCUUAAAGCCAAGCUUGUUCCGAGUGUUCCGAAACCCAAGGAGGAAGCCAUGAAUAAAACCGAACACCAAAAAGAACUCUUGAAAAAAGUUAAGCCCGGAGUUAAACCUAGUGAUUUAAAGAAAACCCGUGCUAAACCAAAGCCUAAGGAAGUUUUACCCUCCCCCAUAGAGAUAAGGGACGAAGGUUACGGAAGUGAUAAUGCUCCUUUAAAGCCAACUAAGCCAGAAAGGGUUCCUAGCAUACCUACUCCCCCACCUUUACCUAAUAACCAACUAGCUCUCCAAAAACAAAUUGAACUUCACCGAGAGAUAAAAAAAGCCGACGAGCAGAAAAAACAAGAAUUAGCCGAGAAAGUAAAAAAACUAGAAGGGAAAAUCCAAACUAUUAUCAAACUUGCCAGCCAAGAAAAAGCCGAGUAUGAGAAAACUAUUGAAGAGCUAAAAAAACCCACUAAAACCCCAGCAAAUACCUCACCAACCUCCAAAGCCCCCAAAGAAUACUUCUUCACCUGCGACAUCUGCCAACAAAAUAAAAAAUCUCUCCUCCGCUUAGCCCAAGUAAACGGACUAGGCAUUGACCCCCACCGGCAAAAUAAAAUCUGUGCUACUUAUAGCCAUUAUGAACCAUACGAGGGAGUAUUUUAUGGCAAAUUCUUUGGCAAAAUGACCACUGAUGCGAUUAAUUACAGCCGCAAUAGAGAACUCUACCAAAAUAUUUUCCAACAGCUCAAAUUAAAAGAUAAAGAACUCUUUAAAUCAGGCUCUAAAACCGAACACAGAGAAGACAUGCUAUCCGACACUUACGGCCGAGCUCAAUUAUUAAAACAACAGCAAAAGCAACUCAAAGCUAUUGAAAGAGAAGAAACGGCCGGGAGAAGAAUAGUUAACGAUGAUGGCUCUUUCUCUUACCAGCCUACUUACGAGGAAACUAACAAAGAAUGGAAGUUAAUUUGCCAAGGAGAACAUAAAACCCCUACUCAGCAAAAUUAUUAUUUAGAAUGUAUCACCCGUUAUCAUAAGCGUAAAGAGAAAGAAAAGGCUCCGGUGGGUUCUUUAACGGCUCUCGGAAUAGAAAAACAAAAAGAACUAGCCGAAGGAUUAAUUGAAGCUUGGAGUAAGGAUUUAAAUGUCCCCACCUUAGGAAAAUUUGCCGAAGUGAUGGAUACGGUGCUGGGUUUUAGCGAAUUCAAAGAAAAAAUGAAAAUGUAUUUGCUAAACUUGGCGGAUGAUAUUGAAGAAGGUCAAAAAACCGAGCAGACUAUUUAUGUUUUACUCGGACCGCCCGGAGUAGGUAAAAGCUAUAUUAGUGAAAAGUUAGCCGAGAGUUUAGAAAGACCGCUAAUUAAUGUGGAUUUAGGCGGAAGGAGUGAUACGGGAAUUUUAGAAGGAGUUAGUCCGAGUGUUAAGGCUGCCUACCCCGGAAGGAUUUGUCAAGGAUUAGCCGUGGGUAAAAAUAGAGGAGCCAUUAUUUUGCUGGAUGAGUUUGAAAAAGUGCGAGAUGAAGGAUUAAAAAUGAUGCUGGGGAAUGUUUUGGAUAUUAAGAAGAAUAAAGACUGGUAUGACCAAUUCCUAGGCUACCGAGUAGAUUUAAGUGAUGCCAUUAUUAUGUGCACGGCCAAUUAUGCUGACCAAGUGCCCGAUUUUGUCCAAGAUAGAGCCGAGUUUAUCAAUAUUGAGUUGUAUAGUUAUCAGCAAAGGUUAGAGUAUGUUAUGAACAUGCUAAAAAGAAAACUAGCCAAGAAUGCCCGGACGAGGUAUGCUAGUGAACAAUCGACGGAGGAAUUUUGUUUACGGCAAACUAAUGCCAAUAUGGAGAAUAUUUAUAAGACUUUAAGGGGUUAUGCUAAGUUAGGGAGGAAGAUUGAGAAUUUUACGGAGUUUGAGAGAGUGGAGGAGACCGAGAAUAGGUUUAAUUUCUAUUAUGGAGGAGGGCAGAAAUUGAGUUUGACUAGAUUGCGGACGGAGAAUGUGGAUGGAAGCAGUGUGGUUAGUUUAAGUGAGUUGGGGUGGCCUAGUUUUGGGUUUGGGGUGCCGAAGGUGGUGGUGACGAAGUAA